AUGCCACCUCGAAUUUCCAUUCGUUCAGUCCAGCCAUUGAGAUUGAACCUUACAAGUCCCAAUUCACGCAAUGCUUCAAUCUUGGAGGGAUUAAAACCCCUCUCAUGCACAUCCACCGGAUACAAGAAUAUUUCUCAACAGCGACCCCUCAGCAGCAGCGCCCCUCUCCACUUUCGCAGCACCUCACCUCUUCUUAAGAAGAAAGACAAAUCCAAGUCUUCUUUCUCCUCCGAUGAAGCCUCGGAAGAUUCUUCUGAAGCAGUAGAAGAAAGUGAUCCCUUUGAUUUUUCUACUCUGCAGGCGGGCAUUGACAAGAGUCUCGAGAAACUCAAGAAUGAUCUGGGGAAAUUGAGGACAGGGGGUCGCUUCAAUCCAGAGGUGUUGGAAGCUUUACGGGUAAAAUUGGAUAAAGAUGCAAAGGAAAGCUUCCGCUUGGGAGAUUUGGCACAAGUGUUGCCGAAGGGGGGGAGGAGUAUCGUAUUGAUGGUGGGAGAGAAAGAUCACGUAAAACCCAUAACGUCCGCCAUCCAAGCCGCGGCCGCCCUCCAACUCCAACCGCAACCCGAUUCCCACAAUCCUCUCGCCCUAAAUAUACCCAUUCCGCCCCCCACCAAAGAAUCCCGCGAUCUCGCGCUGCAAGCGGCUUCGAAAGCAGGGGAACAAGCUGGUGUGGGUGUGAGGAAUGCGAGAGGAGCGAUGCAGAAGAAGUUGAGGGCCAUGGAGGUGAAGAAAGUGGUGAGGCCGGAUGAUUCGAAGAAGGCGCAUAAGGAGAUGGAGAAGGUGGCCGAGAAAGGGACUGCGGAUGUCAAGAAGUUGGUGGAGGCGGCGAGGAAGGGGAUGGAGCAGGCUUAG